UCUCAGCAGUGUUUCGAAGAGAAUGGCCUUAACGCUUUUAGAUUUCAACGAAAGGUUACAAACGGAGAAAGACAUCCAAGAUAAGAAGUAAAUAGUAGAACAAAACAGAUGUCAAUCUUCAACAUGAAGUUCUAGUUUUGAAAUUUUUAUAAGAUCGCAAAUAUUUCUUUACAGUAUUAUAUUCAUUAAAUGUGUAUCAAUCAAACUAUGUUUCAUUUUGGAAAAUUUUAACGUUUUAUUGAUAUUGAUGUAAAUAAAGAUCAUGUGCAAACAUUCUAUCCAUGCAUGAAAUAUAUGAGGUUUGAAGAGACUUUAAAUGAUGCCAGCUGAUACUGGUGAUGUUGAAUGUGUGGAUGGAUGUAUAUGUGUUCCCUUAGUGGAAACUUCUCUUUAUAAGGAAGGUGACUCUUGUGAUAAAUCAACAUUUGAUUCUUAUUGCCAAAAAAAUAUAUGUUUUGAUUCAGAAGUAUUUGGUGGCCGAUAUAUUAGGAAAUCUAAGUCAGAAGUUGAAGAAUUCUCAAUGAAAAACUUGAAAAUCUUAAUCAGGAAUUUAUCAAAAGCUGUCGAAGAGAUUUCUGGUCAACUGGUCGAACUUCUGGUCGAGAAUGAUGCCUUGCAACAAGAGAGUGAUGCUAGAAAUGUCGCAAUUGAACAGCUUUUAAGAAUGACGGUCAAAGAAACUGAGAAUGAAUUGAAGCCUGUCCAGAUGUCUGUCAUCUUAACACCUGAUAAUGUCUGAAAAGAUUUUUAAACUUUUACUGCAGUAAUAUUUUUACUGCUGCACACUUUAUACUAACUGUCAAGAUAUAUUUUUGUCUUAAAUAUUAUGUAGUAUCUUACUCAUGAGCAUGCUCUUUAUUUUUCUCCUUCUGAAAUUGAACGAUAAAACAAUUCAUUUGAAUCUUUCUGCUUAAUUUAACUUUUUGGCACAUUUUAUAAAUAUCUCAAAUGUUCAAUCACUAUGCAAUAGAAAGACUUUUGCUGUUAUAAAGACUUAACUGUUUAUAAAGAGCUGUGCAAUAUUAAUUUAUAUUUUGCAUCAUCUGAACUUAGCAUUGGGAGGUAGUGUAGUAUGAAUCAGAUUUUAUAUAGUUACCAACAUUUACAUUUUUCAUAGUCAUUGUGAAGUGAAAUUACAAUUACAUUACGAAUUGUAAGCAGAAUUUUUUUUAAAAAUUUUUAUCAGAUGUAACAUCAAAUGGUUGCCUAGCUAUUUUAAAAUUUGACUUGAAAAUUAUGUAGAAUAACUCUUAAAUUCAUUUUAAUUCAAAUUUAUUAUAUCAAGAAAGAAAUAUCAGAACAUAAGUUUUGAGAUAAAAAAAAAUGAGUUCAAAAAGAUAAAUAAUGAGCACAAAAUAGUAUCAAAAAGUGAUUAUUUAAAUGCGCAAUCAGAAGUAAGUUAGCUUGUGUGUCGUAAUCACAUCAUAAUAAAGGAGACGGGGUUUUCAAAAUCACAGGGAACAGCGCUCCAAUAGUUGCAGCAAAAAAUUUUAAAAAAUAAAACGCACACGCUUAAAUUCUCAAUGAAAUCAACACAAAGCACUCCAAUAAGUAGUUAUUUAAAAAUGGUACGUUGAAAGAAAAUUUUGAAUUUUUAAAACCACGUGGAAAUGUAGAUCAAUAACUGCCUAAAAAAAUAAUUUAAAAAUAACUUGGAUUUACAAUGUACCAGCAGGGAAAUUAUUAACAACUGCUAAAAAAAUCUGAUCGAAAAAUUAUUGGAUUUAUGAUGAAAUUGGCAACAACAAAAAAAAGCUAGUCAAAAAGUGCAUACUCAAUUUCAAAUUUUGCAUAUCAAAAUUAAAAAUAUUAUGUAUUUCAUCAGUUGGAAAUCAUGUAAAACUCCAAAGUAAUUACUACAGAAAAAGCUAUUGAGAAACCAUAUAGAUUUAUUGUACAAAUUGAGUGCGUCAAAAAGUGAUGACUCGAAUGUGCUAUUAGAAAUCUCUCAGCAAAUCUCUUUCCUCCUCAAACUUUAUUUUUCUUUAGACUUGCUAAAAUAAAACGAUUUUAAACUUUAUUCAGGGUGCGUAGCCAUAUUUUUCAAUAAGCACCUUUUAAGUACUUUUUAAGCACUUACAAAAUAUUUUUAAUCACUUUCCCAACAAAAAAAAAAUCAUAAUUAGGAUCUGUGCAGUAAUUAAAAUUAUUUUUUACUGUCAUUUAAAGUUCUUAAUUUAUAAACAUAAAAUCACUAAACAUUUUCAAAAACUUUAUAUAAUCAGGAUAAAAUAACUAGUUUCUGAUAAAUAUUGGUGAGAAAAUUGCAAAAAUCAUGAAUUUUUUGUAAUUUGAACGAAAAUCGAUACGUCGAAGAAAAAAUCUCUUUUUAAAAUAUAGAAAAUUAAGCACUUUUUACAAACACAGAAUAAAGAAAAGUCCCCUUAAGGUCUUUUAAAAAAAACUUAAAUCAAAAUUAAACACUUUUUAAAAACGCUAUGCACCCUAUUUAUGUAUGAUGUAAAACUUAGAAAAAUUCUUGUGAUUAGUUAGCUGAAUUUUACAACAAAUAAAUGUUUGAAUUUUAAAAUUUGUGUAUUAACUUCCUUUGUAACAAAAAAUUUUCCAUGACAUUUUCUAAAUAUCAAAGAACUAUGAUUUUUUAAUGCAGCACAAGAUGCACUAACUUCUUCGACACUGCCAAGUUGAGCUUAUGCAAAGUAUAGAAAGAGUAAAAUAAUUUUUCUUUUUCUGAAAUAGUUAAUUAUAAUACAGUGAACUCUCGGUACUACGAUAUCCGAUACAACAAUAACUCCCUUUGUUACAAUAAUGUUUUGUGGUCCCAACGAACUUAUAUGUGAAUUAAUGUUAUCCUCCUCUCAAUAUUUUCUCCAUUUAUUAUUGGUUUUCAAACAAUGUAAAAAAUCUUCUGAUGAGAUCUGCUGAUUAUCUUAUUUCUUCUUUUCACCCCAAUGAAUAGUUUUUGUAUUCAGAUUACAUUCCUUGACUUGCAUACACCACCUUCCAUUCUUAGAAUUGCCUCCCUUAUUUCAUUUUUACGUAUCUGAUUUCAUAUUUAACCAUAAUUAAAACUCUACAAAUUAAAUUUUUAAAUAAUAUAUAAAUAGAUUUAUAGUUAACACAUAUAUAACAUUAAAAUUUAAAAAAAAUCUUAUUGUCUCCAACUAUAUAUUUAUUUGGUCCCUAAAAUAUUGUUGUAGCAAAGUUUUACUGUUAUAAUUUAUACUUGUCAUUUUUUUUCCUUAUAGAAAAAUAUUUGAUUCAUUCACAGAAGAAGAAAAAAUUAUAUUUAAAGUAUAUCCAUCUCAAUUCAUUCAUUCAUUUAUUUUUUUGAAAACUGAGUCAGUAAUGACUAAUACAUAAUUUUAAAAUUGCAACUCCUUGUUAGUAACUGCUGCUAAGUAACUCCGACUGUAAUUCUAGAUUCCGAAAAUUAAAAGUAAAUAUUUCACAUAAAAAAUCUGUACCGGUUGCAAACUUUUGAGCAGAUUUUUCACUAAAACUUUACAAAAAGUCUGGAAUAACCCUGAUUUAAGUAUACUUUUAGAGAGAAUUCAUUAUCAGCAGCAUUUCGAACAAUCCUAUCUCAACCGUAUCUUUGGAGAGAAAAAUUUUUCUUCAUCUUCUAGAUGACGGUACAAUAAUGCUAAACUGAUUUACGAGUCAAAUUUGAAAUCAACCUCUUUUAUUUAAAUGCUUCUCUGAACCAAAAUCGAUUCCUCUCCAUCAGCUCAGUGUUUUGAUAUCAUAAUUUAGCUAUGCAAGAGGCCUAUAAAAUUAAAAACACUAUUUGUUUAGCAUGAAAAUAUAAAAUUGAUCUUCUUAUGUAAGUGUUUUGCGGAUUGGUUGCUUUGGUUAAAGAAAUUUUGUUAUUUUAUGUCUUUUCAUUUUUACUAGUUAAGUUUAGUUUGGUUGAAAGUUGGGGCCAUUUAAUGUUAAUUCUAUAUAUUUUAUUCUUCAUUUCUAAAACUGACUACAUGAAUCAGUCAGUUACAUGAAUUGUUCACUCAAUCAUAACUGAAUGAAAAAAUAAGCAUUUUGAAUUUUAUUCUUAAAAAUGAUGACAAAAUUUUUACAUAAUAAACUAUUCAAAUCUUUUUUGAAAGGAUCAAUAUUAAUUUUUGAUUUCUUUAUACAUACAAUCAAUUGAAUGCAUUUUUUUAAUGAUUAUCUAUGUGUAGUAAUGAAAUGCAUUUUUUUAUUGUAAAAUAUAUUUUUUGCAUUGAAAUGUUAGAUGCGAAACUAAUAUUGUUUUUUAUCGAGAUAUUUUAUAAAAAAUGAUCACUUUUUUUUAUUGGUAAGUAAGCUAAAUAAGAAAUCACUGAAUGAGUUUAAACUCAAAAACAAAUUAACACUCGCAAAUUUCUAAAAAGAGUAAAAAGUCAAAAAGCUUUUAGUUACCUAUUUCUUUAUUUUACUAGGUUGGGGACAGUCAAAUUCAUGUAAUAAAUUAAUAAUAAUAAUAUAAUACAGAAACUAAUUCUAUUGCAGGUUGAACAAAAUUGCACUGUUUUUCAGUGACUUAGCAGUUAUGUCUAAUAAAUGAAUAUUGUUAUGUUUAAGUAACACCUAUGUUUAUAACUAGGUUAUUUUUAUGUAAAAACUCUUUUAUUUGAAUCUUAACUUUAUAUUUGCUCAUUGAAAUGUAAUAUUUGCUGUAGUAUUUUGAAUAAACAUAUCAUUUUUUUCCA